GCCUUGUAACGACUGUUAUAUUCCCAGUUUUAGCUUUUUUAAACUUGGUAAUUGUUAGCAUUUUAUCCUGUUCUUAAGGACAUUAUUCAUUUCACCUUUUACCACGGAUACAGGUGUUAGUAACACUGAAAUCUGUCAACGUUUUCUAGGUAGGUUUCUAGGCUCAACUCGGCUUCAUUCAGUCAAAAGGGAGAUUUGCGGAGAACACACCACAGACCUCUUCACUACAGAUGAUCUAAACUGAAGCAUGAUGAAGCAUACACACAGGUGGUGCCAGACUCCCCCCUCAGUAACUGUCCGGGUCAAACCCAACAGUUCACACUCCCUCCAAAUCAGAAGAGGUCUUCGGCUCAAAAGAGCCAACGGCCAAGUCGCCCAGGGCCCACCAGGGAAGAGCCAGCCGAGCCAGCAUCGGGAUGAGAUGCACUAUGCCAAAAUGAUCGUGCCCCCAACUAUUGUCAUCCAGCGGCAGGAAAUGGCGUCGUUCUUCAGACUUUUUGAUGAUGACCUGAUCCAGGACUUUUUGUGGAUGGACCGUUGCUGUAAAAUGACUGACAAGUACCUUCUAGCCAUGACCUUUGUGUACUUCAAAAGGGCUCGCUUCACUAUUGCUGAAUACACCAGGAAGAAUUUAUUCAUUGCACUAUAUCUUGCCAACACCAUGGAGGAGGAUGAGGAGGAGAGUAAGUAUGAGAUUUUUCCAUGGGCACUGGGCAAGAACUGGAGGAAGCAGUUUCCCCGCUUCCUCAAGCAGCGAGACAAGCUAUGGGCUCGCAUCGAGUACAGAGCUGCUGUCAGCAGGCGCUGCUGCGAAGAGGUGAUGGCCAUUGUGCCCUCCCACUUCGUGUGGCAGCGAGAGCGGUCAGAGCACCACAGCGGCGCCCAGCGGCAGUACGGUGACCGAGACCACACCCGUAUACCCCGCGGGCCCUCGGCCUCCCCGGUCUCCUGCGCCCUCUGUAACCGUGGCACCAGGUUAGAUCAGGGCCCAGGCUUCUCUUCUGUCUCCAGAUGCUCUUCUGCGCAGACCCCAAACCCUGCCUUUCCACACCCCUUCACCUCCAUGCUGAGUUUGGAGACCACCCCACCCAGGGCUGCAGCCUCUCGCAGGAAGGCGGUGGAGACUAAAAGCCAAGCACAGCAUUCCUCCUGCUGCUGUGCUGAGGAGGUUCCCAGGGAUGAGUCUUCCUGCGGGUCCACAUAUGACACCUCCAUGGACUGGAUCAGUGAGGAGUAGAGCGUCACACCACCUCAGCCGUUUUCCAGCUACUCUCUUUGUACUGACCGAGCUGUUCUGUGUAUUACUGUCUCUCCUCAUUAAUACCACUUUUACUCUGAAGUAAAAGUCUGAAUCACACGUGUAACUCACUAGUUUCUGUUUACCUCUUGUAAUGCGAACACGGUACUGAUUCAACAUAACCGGUCAGAACAAAGUUAACUAUUUAAAGUGACUGUAAGCAGCUGUAAGAAUGAGCUAAUGUCAUUCUGUACAUCAUACUCUGAUGGAAACAUGCAGCAAGAUUGAUGUGGCACACCGAAGAGUAUUGUAAAGGUUUGUUUAACCUACACUGUGUUCUUGGUAUUUAUUUAUUUAAUUAUUUAUAUAUUUAUGUUAUUUUGUACUGAAAUACUUAUGGGAUUUUUGACCCCCACUUAUUCACAGAUGGUAUAAAAAAAAAAAAAAAAAAAAAAAAGCCAAACAAUGAGUUUUACAUUUUGUUUGAAUCAAAGUUUCACCACUGCUGAAUACAUUUACUUAACACAGUCUGUCACAUACUGGGUGUGUUUUUAGUAUUGUUGCCAAUGUGCCUGUUUAAUGAUCCAACACUGCACUGCCUCUUGAGUUUUAAAUAAAGGCUCGAACUUUUAA